AUGUCGCUGGCUCUGAGUCUUUACUUUCUUGUGAUUUCCUGUUUCUAUACAAUUAGGGCCGAUGAUGAGCCCUUUCUUACAGAUCCGCCAGAUUACAUCAAAGAAUGUCAAAUAGCUGACAAACAUUUUAUUAACUGUUCCACGCAAAGCAUACAACAAUUAUUCGACAAGCUAAACGACGGCAUACCCGGUUUGAAUAGUAUCAAAAGCUUCGAUCCAUUCUAUCUAAACCGGAUACGUAUUACGCAAGGCAACAGCAAUGCGAUCAACUUGAAAGUCGAGUUGGCCAAUGUGAAAAUCAAUGGAUUCGGACGUACAAAUGUGUUGGAGAGUGUCGUUUAUCCGAAAGACUACAGCUGGAAAACUACUUUUAUGCUGCCCGAAAUGAAAUUGCAAGGCGACUACAGCCUCUUUGGGCGCAUUUUGUUGAUACCCUUGAAUGGGCAUGGCGAAGUCUUCCUGGAAGCAGAAAAUAUGACCGUCGUUAUGCACUCGAAGACACGACUUUAUGAAAAGGGUGGCUUCACCUUCUACAACGUUACAAAUAUUCGAGUGGACUUUAAAAUCGACGGCUUGAAAUCGUAUUUCUCGAAUCUUUUCAAUGGUAACAAGCAGUUGGAGGACAGCACUAAUAAAUUCUUUAAUGACAACUGGCGCAUGCUGGCCGAUGCUCUAUAUACCGUUAUCACGCAAACGAUCGAGGAUAUUUUAUUGGAUGUAUUGAAGAAAAUCUUCCAUUAUAUACCAGCCAAUUUCUUCGUCAGCGAUAUACCAACUUCUAAGCAGUUGUAUGGCACUAAAGCGACAGCGGAUACAAAGCGACCUAAAUAA